AUGGGUCGCGGACGUGAUAGCCGACAGGCCUGGGAUGAACCUGACCGACGCAGUCGCCACGGCGGCGGCGGCGGCCCACGAGACCGCGAGAGCUACAGAGAUCGCGACGGCAGACGAGACGACCGCGACAGGAAAGACGACGGUGGCAGGCGAUACCGAUCCAGAUCCCGCGACCGUCGGGACAGAGAUAACCGCCCCAGAUCCAGAGACCGCGAGAGCCACCGUCCGCGCGACGAUCGCGAUGGCGGGAGGCCGCCGCGCAGAGACCGCGGUGGCUGGCAGGGCCGAGACGAUAGGCGACGCAGAGACGAUGAUGAGCCGGCGGCGGACGAGCGGCCUCCAAGGCGACAGUUUGGAGACGAAGAUGAGGGACAAAAUACCCCACGCGACAGAGACCGCAGACGAUCCGCCUCCCCUCGUCGGAGCGGCAGCCCGCCACCUCCCCGUCGCGAGCCGGGCGGAUACACCGAAUCUCUACCUACGCGAACAGUCCCGAGGGGAAAGAAGGAGCAGCACACCAUGUCCUUCAAGGUCGGACGGCACGACUCGCCGCACGUCGACAGCGGGAGGGACAGCGAGCGUGGGGACACGCCGAUGACGACGGGCCGGGGCGAUCGAGAGGCAGAUGAGGAAGGCGACGACGAACCUGAGCCCGAGGUCGAAGACGACGAUAUGGCGGCUAUGCAGGCGAUGCUAGGCUUUGGCGGGUUCGGCUCGACAAAGGGUCAGAAGAUUGCGGGAAACAACGUCGGCACUGUGAGGAAGGAGAAGAAGACCGAGUAUCGUCAGUAUAUGAACCGACAGGGCGGUUUCAACCGGCCCCUCAGUCCUGGGAGAUGA